GUUAAGCCUCAUUUUGCAGGGUUUGUACUGAGUCGAGAGGCUGAAGCACUCUGCGCCUCCAACCUGUCGCAACCCCAACCCCAUGUAUCGGAAAACCUGUUAACCGCCGUGCCAACGCAUGGCAAACCUUUCAUGCCUUAAGACGGCCCUGGACCGUCACCUCAGGCUUCUCUUUUUCACUCCUGCAUCCCACGUUUUCUCCUUACUUUGUUGCGGGUUUCCUUUGCAUCUUCUUUUCUUCUCCAAACCUCACGGUCUUUCACCCUUAUCUCCUAAUACACCUGUUGGCUAGUCCAACGGUUACUUUGACGAACUCCAGAGCGCUAGUCGCCUUUGCACUCUCUUGACGAGACUUUCAAUACUACAAACUCAAUCGCCCAUUUAAUACUCGAGUCGCCUUUCGAAAGAAAAAAACUGCCACAGUUAUUCAAUAUGUACUUCUCAACAACAGCUAUCGUUUCGGCCAUCUUCGGUCUUGCCGCCGCUCAAGGAGGAAUGCUCAAAAUGCACGUUGUCCAGGUCGGCGGACCCAAUGGUUCUUUGGCCUUUUACCCAAACAAUGUCGCGGCUCAGCCAGGCGACAUGGUUCAAUUCCAGUUCCACCCAAAGAACCAUUCCGUCGCCCAAUCCACAUUCGACAACCCUUGCAUACCCAUUCAAAACAUCAUGCCUAACAAGACCGACGCCUUCUUCUCUGGUUUCAUGCCUACCAACGCUUCUUUCACAGCAACAAACCAGGUCCUGACUUACACUAUUCGCGUUCCCGACACGAAGCCCAUCUGGUUCUACUGUUCUCAGGGCAAGCAUUGCCAGAAUGGUAUGGUUGGAGCCAUCAACGCGCCCGCAGCCGGUAACAAGACCAUCCAGGCAUUCACUGCCCUUGCUGCUCAAGCCUCGGAGAACCUGUCUCCUGGCCAGCCUGCUGGAUCUGGUGGCAUCACUGGCAACACACCCACCUCACCAUCUCCUGGAAAUGGCGCCGACUCUGGCAAUGGACAAGGAGGUGCUGGUGCUGGCGGAAGUGGUGCUGGCGCCGGUGCCGGUGCCGGAAGCGGAACCGGUGCCUCACCUCCCCAGACUACCACCAGCAGCGCUUCUGGUCUCAGUGCACAAUCCUUCAUCAGUGUUGCUGCUGCUUUUGUUGCCAUUACCUUUGCUUCAUUGUAAACAGAGUAGAAGUCUUGUGGGCGGAUUUUGAGAUAGUUGGCGGCACAUAUGAUACCAUUCUUCUGAUAACUGAGCUGGCUUUGGUAAAAGGACUCAGAUUUGGGGAGGCGUUUUUUUUGUUCGAUUGAUCGAAUGCAUAUAGCAAUUAAUAUAAGACGAAUAUAACGUCCAUCCCUGUGGGUUGAACAUCUCUCCGCAGUGAACCAC